AUGGCACAGGUGUACGAUCAGUCUCGCAAUGAUGCCUUCCAGCGACUGAACCAAACUCUCCUACAAAUCGAUCCAUACAUCCUGCCACCAUACCCAAAUCUCUCAAUCGUCUCUGGUCCUCUCGAUCCUCCUCUCCUACAGUUGACGCUUUCACAACUCCUUUCCCAGCAGGCCGAGCGCCAUGCAGACAACGAAGCUAUAAUAAUACCAUGGACGGGUGCGCGGUGGACAUACAAGAAGCUAUGGGAGGAGUCGAGCUUGCUUGCACGAGCUCUGUUGAAAUAUGGCGUUCGCUCAAGAGACAGGGUGGGAAUCAUGAGCGGAAACUGUGAGAAGUACAUUGCAGUCUUCUUCGCAUGCGCACGAGUUGGCGCGAUAUGCGUAACGCUCAACAACACCUACACGCCAACAGAGAUGGAAUAUGCGCUGAAGCACACGAGGUGCAGUGUACUGUUCACCACACCAACAAUCGCACGUUUCGACAACCAGCCGCUUCUGGAGCGGCUAAAGGCUAAAGAUCUAUCUGCAGUAUUACCAGACUUGAAGACUGUCUGUCUAAUACGCGGUGACGACAGCAGUUUCAUAAAAUACGACGACCUUCUCCAUGAAGCAGAGAUUAUACCAGAGCAUAUCUUGGGCAUUUUUGACGGCAUCGUCAGUCCUCAUGAUGUAGCCAAUCUUCAGUUCACAAGCGGCAGCACUGGUAACCCCAAGGCUGCUAUGCUGACACAUUAUAACCUCAUCAACAACUCACGCUUCAUCGGCGACCGCAUGGACUUCACAGAAAAUGAUAUACUCUGUUGUCCACCGCCUCUGUUCCACUGCUUUGGCCUCACACUUGGUUUGCUUGCAACACUGACGCACGGUGGUAAAAUUGUCUUUCCAGAGGAGUCGUUCGACCCCGCCGCAUGUUCAAAAGCCAUCUCUGAUGAGCGGUGCACUGCGCUUCACGGCGUACCAGCCAUGAUGGAAUCUAUCAUUGACGUCCCGAAGCCUACGGGCUGGUCCUCUAAGCUUCGCACCGGGAUUGUUGCGGGAAGUCCCGUACCUCGCUGGCUCAUGGAGCGUAUGGUCAAUGAGCUUGGAAUGUCAGACUUCACAUCGAGCUACGGUCUGACCGAAGCUUCACCUACUGUGUUCAACGCACAUACCACCGACUCUCUCCAUGCGCGACUGACAAGCGUCGGUACUGUACUUCCUCAUGCUCGAGUCAAGAUUGCAGAUCAUCAGGACCGAGUCGUGCCCAUCGGUGUUCGUGGCGAGCUUUGCAUAUCAGGUUACCAGCUUUGCAGAGGAUACUGGGAGAACCCUGAGAAAACGGCUGAGUUACUCGUCAGGGAUGAGCAUGGCGAGCUGUGGCUGCAUACUGGUGACGAAGCGGUACUUGAUGUGGAUGGGUACUGUACGAUUACGGGCCGUUUCAAGGACAUCAUUAUUCGAGGCGGUGAAAAUAUCUACCCUCUCGAAAUCGAAGAGCGUCUGGUACAGCAUCCAUCUAUCGCCCGUGCCAUUGUUGUCGGCGUGUCACAUCCUCGCUACGUCGAAGUACCUGCUGCGUUCCUUCUUCACAAGGAAGGCACCGAGAAGCUAGGGCUAGAAGAUAUCAAGGCCUGGGUCAGAAAAGUACUGGGCCGACACAAGGCACCUAUGCACGUGUUCUGGCUUGGAGAGGACUGUGAUGGAGAGGUGCCUUUAACAGGCAGCGGCAAGAUCAAGAAAUUUGUCUUGAGAGAUGUCGCGGAAAAGACACUAGAGCAGAAGUGA